GAUAGAAACGAUAGAAUGCCAAAGAGAACCAGGAAUUAGCAAUUAAGACUAAGAGAAGAGACUAAAACCCAAACAAAUACUCUGAUUUUGUUUGUGUUACCAAAAAAAAUAAAUAUAUUGGAACUUCAAGAGGAUUCCAGAAGAUAAAUGACAGGAGUCUGAAUGAAUUAUACAACAAAGAAAAAAAGUUUGUGAAGAAUUUUGUAUCCCACGAAAACUCCAAGACUGAUAUUUCAUCACUUCAAAGAAGGCUUUAUGUUUUUUUUGCACCUUAUGAAGACUUAACAACUACUAAAAGAACUGGAGGAAUCACGUCUGUGAUGGGGAUGAUAAUGUCGAUGAAGAAAUAAAGCAAGAUCUCAUGAAAUUUAUCAGAACAAAACAACAAACUGACAAUACCGGAAGCUUUGCAUUCAGGACUAAGUGAAAACUCAACUCGGGAAGGUUUUUUGAAUUGCCUGUCAGUCAUUUUAUCGGUCUCCAUCUAAAUCAAGAAUGUCUGUCUCACGAGGUUGCCUCUGCUGCGUGAAGUACCUCAUGUUUGUCUUCAACCUCAUCUUUUGGUUAGGAGGAUGUGGUUUAUUUGGUGUUGGAGUUUGGCUCGCCUUCACACAAUCAGAGUUUUCAUCUCUACCACUGUCCUUCCCUUCACUCUCUGCUGCCAACCUACUGCUCAUUGCUGGGGGCGUUACCAUGGUGACAGGAUUUCUGGGAUGCCUCGGUGCUCUAAAAGAGCAAAAGUGUCUGUUGUUGACGUUUUUUGUGAUCCUCUUGAUUCUAGUCCUGACAGAAGUUGUGCUGAUUUUGGUUUUGAGUUUAUAUCACGAAGAGCUGGACAAAAAAGCCAAGGAUGACCUAAGAGAAGGAAUGAAAGGCUACAGCAAAAAUGACGGACUGCGGAAAUCCUGGGAUAACAUGCAGAUGAUUUUCAAGUGCUGUGGCGUGAGCAACCACACCGACUGGCACAACAAAACAACCGAUGGCAAACUCCCUGGGUCCUGCUGCAGUAACGAUCCUUCAAGCUGUCGUCACUGGGAAGAGCCAUGCUAUGAGAAAGCCAAGCAGUGGCUCCUGACUAACAUCACCUCAGUGCUUGGUUUUGGAGUUUGCAUUGGAAUCGUCCAGCUUCUUGCUUUGGUGUUCUCCAUGCUGAUGUACUGCCAGAUCCUCAGAGCAGAAAAAUACAUGGACUGACCCCUGCUGAUGAAAAAAAUCAAUUCUGAAUGUUUAAGUGGACUUACUAGAGAACUGGCCUAUUAGAGAAACUGGGCAAGAUAUGCACAUUAACAUAAGUUAGAGUGCUGCACUUAGGAAAAUGAACCUUUACCAAAAAAAAAAGAGAGGCUAAAGAAUUUAUUUGUACUAAUGAAGAUCACAUGAACAUAAAUUGAAUGUAUACUUUAGGUAGAAAAUGAGGUAAAUCCUAGUAUUAUUGCACUCUUUGUUAAAUACCCUUUGUAACUGCUCACAGUGAACUUGCAAUCAAAGUAAAUUUCCAGUACAUGUUUAAAAUAUGAUGAUUUGUUAUAUUAAACCCGUUACAUGUAUAUUAUUAA